CCUGUGUACUCAUAAGCUGACAGGUUCAGUGCUAAUAAUGGGGCUUAUUUUUCAUUUACUUGUUUCACUUAAUAUUAAAGAACCAAGCUGAAUCAUGUUCCGGCUAUUGACAUCCUGCUGGUCUCAGCUAAAGACAGCUGAAGAGACACAAAGGAAUGUGACCAUCAUUAUCAUUGGAUUAGACAACUCAGGCAAAACCAUUCUUGUGGAGGCUUUCCAAAGACUACUUCCAAGUAGGAUGAACAAUUGUCUGAAAUCUGAAUUGACUACACUCCUACUGCAUGAGUAUGAAGUUUCCAUCUAUGACUUGAGUGGAGACAUGAAGGGCCAAGAAACCUGACCGAACUACUAUGCACAGGCACACGGACUUGUUUUUGUCCUGGAUUCCAGUGACUUGGGACGCAUGCAGGAAGUGAAGAUCAUCUUAACGCGUCCUGAUAAAAGAGUGGCAGGGAAACCUAUCCUACUCAUGGCAAACAAACAGGACAAGAAGGAUGCCCUCCUACCCUGUGAUAUUAUUGAAUAUCUAUUCCUAGAAAGGCUAGUGAAUGAUAACAAGUCCCUGUGCCGAGUGGAACCCUCUUCAGUCAUCAAAAACCUCCAAAGAGGGAACCAUCAGCCCAUAAUUGAAGGGCUGCACUGGCUAUUAGCUGCCAUUGGGGAUAAAUAUGAAGAGCUGUGUACUCGCCGACAGCCACUCCCCUCAAGCAUCCCAACCUCCAAGGGCACCAGAAGCUCUGGGGAAAGACCCUCAUCAGACAGCCACACUACCAGGAUGGGAAUGUCAAAAGAAAAAAGACAGCAUCUAGGACAAUGCUCGAUGGAAGCUAGGCCCCUAAAGCCAAUCCUACAGCCGUCAAAUGAAGCUUAUACCUGCGGAGAGGCUUAA